GAGCCUGUCAGUUUACUACAAGCCGGCACGAUUCGAGAGCCGACCGGGCUCGAAAGUUUUUCUGCCACUCUCUCAGCAAGAGUUGCCUGCCGCCAUGAUUCCUGUCCCUGAAGACUCGGCUGACUGGGGGGACACUCUUCAGGACCUGGAAUUUCUGGCGCUCACGGAUAGCACCUUCCAGUACAUGUUGACUGGAGACCAGUACGGAGCCCGCUCCCUUUUUGGGGGCCAGGCCCUGAUUUGCCCAGGAGCGGCCCUCACUCAGAACUACAAGCGCUCAGGGAGCAUCACGCCCUCCAUCCUGGAGUUGCUUUCGUGGCAAUGCCUCCACAUCUGCGGACACUGUCCCGGCGGAGUUCCCUACUCCAAUCCGGCAGUGAUUGGCGUGCUCAAAGACAACCUCCACAAGAAGGUGAACGUCGCCUUGAUCCCCAUUGAGGACUCCAUCCCGGAGGAUCGACAGGUCCAUUACGACUGGAUAGGGGGCGCAAGGGCAGCAUACUCCUUAGAUCUCUGGGAGCUCGCAGAUCAACGUAUCAUGACGCUCCGGCCGCUUGUCCCCACCAGGCUGUACAGCAACAAGGAUAAGCUGCGCUUCCAUACGGCCAGUGCGGAAGCAGCAAUCGGGGCCCUCACCGUCCGGGCACUCAGGGCUAUGGUUUCUUCGAAGCCGGAGGCCUUUCCAGUCCUACUGGUAUGUUCCUGGAAUGUCAAGCUGCCCAACGUUCACCGCGAGAUGCUGGCAACGAGAGAGCUGUGUCUUGCGGAAACGGUCGGUGACCUGCUGGCGGCUGCUCUGCGCGCUUCGCGCUCACUGUGGUCCCUUCGUUACUCUUUCGGAGAAGCCCUGGAAGACCAACCUUUCCCACAGGGUGUGAUGCAGACCUACAUGCACGACUCGAAGCCGGAGCCGUCUCAAAUGUGCCGCAAGUACAUGCCGGAGAUGACUCGAACCUUCUGUGACGAUGAGGACAUCCGGCAAACCCUCCUGGACCACGCCGGCAAGUACAGCAAGGACUUGUACAACGUCUUGCAAAGUCCAGCCCAUCGCGCUGAUCUUUUUCGGUACGUGUACCUGUACGAGCAUGGGGGCCUCUAUCUUGACAUCAAGUGCUCGCUGAGGAUGCAGUUUGAUGAGCUUCGGUCCUGCUUAGCGGAGGAAUGGGGCACUGCCCAGUCUUACGCGCAUUCAGCGCUGGGGCACUGCCCGUCCCCGCCCGGACAACUUCCGAAGGACUACAUGGUCAUGGCCAUAGGCAACCGCGGCCAAUUUUACAGCCCGGCCAUCCUCGAUGGGGCGGCGGCGAGCGACUACCUCAUCUUUUGCAAGUUUCUAUAUGGCGCCCUCCGCGAGAACCUGGGACAUCCCCCGCAGCACAGAUGGAACAUCUCCAGCAGAUUUGGUCCGAUCUACUUGCUACGGGAGCGCCACAACAAGGACCUCCAGGCCCACUCCGACAUUCCCACGGAUGGCCGCUAUAUGAUCACGCGCCUCAACAAGAUCGCCAUGUUCACUCGAUGCUGGAACUGGAAGCGAGGCUUUGCUGGUGACCUGGCGGCCAAGGCGAGAAAUGAGGCUCAAAUGCUUCGCGCCAUGCCGGAUGCCGCGUCAGAUGCAGCUUGGGCAAGGAGUCAGGCGGCUUCUCCCACGAGCUCGACCUUGGGGGGCGAUGCCCCCACAAAUGCGGAAUUGCAGAUGUGGGCAGACGAGGUUAUUGCGGGCAACCUCUACGAGAAGAUCAUGGACGCCCUUUCGCAGACAAGGUACUAUCAGGACCUGAAUGGCAAUGACGUCCUUGAUCUCAUUCCCAGGGCUUUGAAUGUUACCCUUCCCACCAGCGUUGGAGUGGUCAACCACUUUCGUCGGGGCUCGUAUCGUACGCCGAAUUCCUUCUUGAUGGACCAGCUCUCUUCUGCGGCGACUGCCUCCUGCCCAGCCCAGCCGUCGGCACCUGCCACCUGGUCGCCACAUCGGCAAAGGCACCAAGCGACCAGGUCUGGCAUCGGUAUAGUGGAGGGCACAGGACCCAAAGCUUCAAAGCCGAGGCCUCCCAACCUCACCUCUGCCAAGGCCGCGGAAGUGGUUUUCAAGCCUCCCGCCCCUCUUGGACACGGCAGUCCAACCGAGACCUUCACCGGGACACAACUCCCAGCAGCUAGCCUGGCACAGACCACGGCAGAGGACACUGGCACCCACGACACAGGCGUUCCGGACUCUGACCCUCGCAACUACCAGCCUCCCAAGCCGGAGGAAGCGGGCCUGGUUGCCGCGCUCAAAUCCUACAAGCUCCAGGAGUGGCUCCGCGUCCUCUGCCGGAUGCAUGUUCUGACGCAGCAGAUGCUGCUAGGUGGAUACGACGAACUCCUACCGCUUUGGGCCAAAAGGAUGAAGGUGAUACUUGCGCCCCCGCCCCUGUUUGAAAGCAUUAAGUUGGCUAGGACCGAGAGGGGGGUCACAUGGCAUGUCGUUGAGACGGCAAAGCUCGUGGCAGGGGACAACGGCCUGGUUGCGGUUGCUACAGGCAAGGAUGAGACGCACACUGUCCUGGAUCGCGGCUCCAAACUUCAGGGCGCUCUCUCCGCCCUCUUUGGCAAGAUGUGGGACCACCCGCCGCUCAGCGAAAUAGUGCAGGACCAUAACCGCUUCAUGCUCAUCGCCACCUCCAUCAAGGCCGUCUAUGACUACACGGCUCGCAAAAUGGAGCUACAGGCCAGGCUGGUUGUCGCACAGGACGGCAAGCACGUGCACGUCAAGCACAACUGCGGUGACUCUCCGACCUAUCUCCAGCAGCAUCCAGAGCUAGCCCAGACGGCAACAAAGC